CCGUUUUUAAUGUACGACCCAUUCUCGUAUUUUCGAAAGUCAUUUGAAUUGAAUCGAGUUUUUCUUUACAAGUGGACUGUGAACUGGCGAUUUUUAUCGGAAGAAAUGUUCAUCAGCCAUUAUUUUCAUAUUGCUUUGUUUGCGGCUCAUAUUAUUUUACUGCUUAUUGCUGGAUUCACAUGGUUUAGGUAUCUUUUUGUCUUCCGUGAAUUUUUACAAUUACUUCGUAAACUGAAUGAAAAAUUUUCAGAAAUGUUGACAGCUUUGUUCAUUGCGAAUUUCAUCGGUGUAUGCGUUGCACGAUCAUUACAUUAUCAAUUUUAUAGUUGGUAUUUCUAUACUCUGCCUUAUUUGGUAUUUUCUGGCUUGCAUUUUCAUCAUGAUCUGAAUAUAUAUGGAACAGUUUCUCGCAAGAAAAAUUGUGGAAUUCUUAUUGGAAUCGAGAUGUGCUGGAAUACUUACCCAUCGACAGUUUUCAGCUCAGUGAUGCUUCAUUUCUUUCAUGCUGCUGUACUCUGCUUUUUGAUAUCUGACCACUAUGUUUAUCGUAGUUUAAAGCGCAAAAAAUUGUGA